UAUCAGUCAAAGAUGAACACGGAAACGUUUGCGACUCACUGGGACUGAUCUCAGGUCUGCCAGGUGGGGCACGUCUGACGUCUUCAAGCGUGAGGCGGGGCUAAAGAAAUCGGAGCAAAGGAAGAAGGAGACAGGUAAAGUGCAAAGAAAAAUGGUAAAGAACGAGAAUGAGUCAGCCAACCGGCCUGACAACACUGCCUUCACCCAGCAGAGGCUCCCAGCCUGGCAGCCCAUGCUCUCUGCCGGCAUCGUCAUCCCCGGGUUUGUGCUCAUCGGUCUGGCCUUCAUCGGCAUCGGCGUUGCCCUCUUCAUCACCUCACGCAGCAUCCAAGUGCUGGAGCUUGACUACACAGGCGUGGAACAAGACUCGCCAUGCUUUAGGUGCUCGGACCCUGACGUGAGGGAUUGUGUUUGCAGCAUACAGUUCUCCAUCAACCGCUUGUUUGAGGGGCCAGUGUUCUUUUACUACGGCUUGUCCAACUACUACCAGAACUACAGAAGGUAUGGAGUCUCCAGAGAUGAUAUCCAGCUUUACGGAGACCUGUCCUCCUUCAAGGAACCCUCUGAUCAAUGCGAGCCCUAUCGAUACGACCGCAACAACCAACCGAUUGUGCCGUGUGGCUCGAUAGCAAACAGCAUGUUUAACGACACGUUCAGGCUGUUUCAGAACGUGAACGGCCAGCAGGUGGUGGUGCCCUUGGAUGGGAAAGGGAUUGCUUGGUGGACUGAUUACAACAUCAAGUUCAGAAACCCCAGUAUCACGCCCCUGAGAAACGCUUUUAAUGGCACGGUGAUGCCGCUCUUUUGGCCCAGACCGGUUUACGAAUUGGACCCCUCAGACCCCGCAAAUAACGGCUUCAUCAACCAAGACUUCCUGGUGUGGAUGCGAAGGGCCGCGCUACCGGAUUUCCGCAAACUGUACCGGCGGAUCACCGAGGGGAACUACGCCGAUGGCCUCCCAGCGGGGAACUACACACUGGAGAUCUCUUACAACUAUCCCGUGCUGAGCUUCGACGGCAGGAAGAAGGUGGUCUUCAGCAACGUGUCGUGGAUGGGGGGCAAGAACGAGUUCCUGGGUAUCGCCUACCUGGUAAUCGGCUCGCUCUGCGUGGUCAUGUCAGCGGUCAUGCUCAUCGUCUACGCCAAAUUCAAGUUCCCGGAGGAGGACUGAGCAGGGCCUGAAGUUGAACUUUUUUACAUUUUUUUUGUUUUAAACGCACACUACAGCUAAAUGGACAUUUGAUAGUGGAAGAAGAUUUGGUUCUUUUUGGUGUUUAUUAAAAGCAAAUUUUUGCGCCGUUACUAAUUUGAUAGCUCAUUAUCAAAAAGCCAUGUGAGAAAUCAUCAUAAUAUUUAGUCUGUAGAGGUGCUUGCAAAUUUAGCUACGAUGAAGGCAGAUUUGCACAAAAGUAAGACAUCGCUUUUUAAGCACAUAUUUGUUUCAUGUAAAUUCUGUAUUCCACAGGGUUUUUAUCUCAUGGUUUUUUUUUUUCCUGUAUUGUAGUUUUUUGGUUUUACAUCAUAGGAUUCCUCGUUUUAAAUCAACCACAUACACAUAUUUAGCGCAUUAGCGCAUAAACAUACGUUACACUCAUAAUGUAAAUACAGGAAAUGGAAUUUUACUAAAGAAUUUUCUGUACAGCUUCUUAAAAUUUUAUUGCCUUUGUGUUUUCCUCAUGGUAAUAUUUAUACAAUAAAACAAUGGAAAAGCAGAA